AGAGCUAUACUUGGUCACAGGUUCUGGCCACAGCUGUGGCUCUCAAAGCUGUCUUUGCCAGCCAGUAGGAAAGAGGGAGGGAAGAGCAGGAAGGAGGGGAGGGAAGGAGGAAGAGAGAUAGGGAGGGAAGGAGGCUGUAUUUGGCAGCUGCCUUCAGAGAGGCCAACUGUCAAUGCGAGAGAGCUUCACAAUGUCCUCGUCAACUUCCAGCACCUCUUUACCCAGCGGCCUGGCCGUCUUCACAACUUUUCCAGAUGUUCUCUUCAUCCCUGAAAUGAUCUUUGGGGGCCUUGUCUGGAUCCUCAUUGCCUCCUCGAGGGUCCUAUAUACUUCGCUGCAGGGCUGGGUGAUGUUUGUCUCUGUGUUCUGCUUUCUCUUGACCGCUGUACUCCUGUUCCUCUACACGUGCGGGGCGCAUGGGAACAGCAGCUCCUGGGUCACCUUGGAUGUCAUCUGCCAGGAGACAGCAGCUCUGUUCUACUUCAGUGCUUCUUUGUUGGAAGCCAUCGCUACCUCUAGCAGACUUGGGUCUCUGCUCUUUUACCGGGAGAAUAUUGCUGCCUCGGUAUUUGCAUUCAUAACUACUCUGUUGUAUGUGAUCCAUAUGACAUACUCUCUUCGCCGAUGGAAAUCAUCCUAAUGAGCAGUCCUUGCAUGUUGUGUCUUGUGGUCACCCUACAAACACAGAAGUUACCCAACAACCGCAAUCUCCAGGCUGGGAUUAGGGUUUGGUUUUUAAUGCAUAUACUAUAAACAAGCAGCUUUUUAUGUGAAACCAUGGCAAUGAAGACCAAGAGCCUGUCAGAGAAACCUGUCUGCUGACACAAUCUAUUUUUCUUCAGUCUCCUGGUUGGGUACUGCUUGAUGCUGGUCACCAAGGCCUCAGCAGAAAACCCAGCUUAAAUUAGAACAAUAUGGUUGGAAUUAAAAUGUCAAAGUCUCCCUGCACCCUUAUGCACCCCUAUGCCUCCACGGCCUUAACUGCUGUCAUGUCAGAGAAAGCCUGAACUACUGGUGCUGAACAGCAUGAGAAUGAAAACCGGUCAUUUCGGUUGACACGCACCUGUGUAAGCCUCUUUGCCUUCCUCAUUUGCUGUGCCCAAAGAUUUUUCCAUGCCAUUUUUGAAAAUGCCACUUGUGACUUGUGAAAAGGAGUAAAGGCAAUAUUUAAUAUGCAUCAGGGGCAAUGAGUUCCCUGCAAUGCCUGAAAGGUACUGCUGAAUUACAAGGCACAACUAUAACCCCAGGAAUUACUGCAGCCAUGGAUUCCCCCAUGAAACACAACUAAGAAAACGUACCAUAGAUACUACAGCAGAAUUAUAUGGAUAAUUAGAAUAACAUCUCAGAUAAGCAGAAGCAGUCAGCUCUUGUCUUCAGCAUGCGACUGUUCUCACAUGUACUGGCACUGUGUCAUUAAUAAAGAUGGAUUUACUAUGAUUUUGCAACCAAA